UGAGAAACACUGACCUAGAGAGAGCGGCAAAAGGCACAAGAGAGCGGGUUUGCCCGUGGAUUUCCUCCUAUGCUAACCUUUUCUAUCUCUACGGUUCCUCUCCCAGACAGCCAUGAGCUCCGAGCCUCGCAACCGUCAGCAGACGCUGGCUUUACGGAAGCAGUUCAUCGGGUCAUCCUGCAAGCUUUUUUUCCCAGAAGAUCCGGUGAAGAUUAUCCAGGCAAAGGGCCAAUAUAUGUAUGAUGAAAAUGGAAAGCAGUACCUUGACUGCAUCAAUAAUGUUGCUCAUGUGGGGCACUGUCAUCCUGAAGUGGUCAAAGCAGCUCAUCAGCAGAAUCUACUGCUAAAUACAAACUCUCGUUAUCUGCAUGACAAUUUGGUGGAUUAUGCACAGAGACUUUCUAAAACAUUGCCGGAGAAGUUGUGUGCCUUCUAUUUUUUGAAUUCUGGAUCAGAGGCUAAUGAUCUUGCUCUGAGACUAGCACGGCAAUAUACAAAGCAUAAAGACGUUAUUGUUAUUGACCACGCUUAUCAUGGACAUCUGACAUCUUUGAUUGAUAUAAGUCCAUACAAAUUCAGAAAUCUAGAUGGCCAAAAGGAAUGGGUCCAUGUGGCUCCUCUUCCAGAUACAUACAGAGGAUUAUAUAGAGAAAAUCAUAAGGAUCCAGCCACAGCAUAUGCAGAUGAAGUGAAAAAACUUAUUGACAAAGCACACCAAGAAAACAGAAAGUUUGCUGCACUUUUUGUAGAAUCAUUGCCCAGUGUUGCUGGACAAAUCAUUCCACCAUCUGGUUAUUUCCAAAAGGUUGCAGAGCAUAUACACAAAGCAGGAGGUGUAUUUAUUGCUGAUGAAAUUCAGGUUGGCUUUGGAAGAGUUGGCAAACAUUUUUGGGCAUUUCAACUUCAAGGAGAGGAUUUUAUUCCUGAUAUUGUAACUAUGGGAAAGCCAAUAGGGAAUGGACAUCCUGUGGCUUGUGUGGCAACAACAAAGGAAAUUGCAGAGGCAUUUUCAGCAACAGGAGUAGAAUAUUUUAACACAUUUGGAGGAAAUCCUGUGUCCUGUGCAAUAGGCCUAACAGUCCUGGAUAUUAUUGAGAAAGAAGAGCUUCAAACCCACGCUCUUCAUGUGGGAAACUUCUUUAUGGAACUACUCAAUCAACAAAAAGCUAAACAUCCUCUAAUUGGAGAUAUCAGGGGUGUUGGACUAUUUAUAGGUGUAGAUUUAGUACAAGACCAAGAGAAAAGAUCACCUGCUAGCAAAGAAGCAGAAUUUAUCAUAACAAGAUUAAAGGAAGAAUUCAUUAUGCUGAGCACAGAUGGGCCAGGCAGAAAUGUGCUUAAGUUCAAGCCACCACUGUGUUUCAAUACAAAGGAUGCAGAGUUAGUUGUUGAUAAACUUGAUACGAUAUUAACAGAAUUGGAGAGGAAAAAAACCUAAAGAUGAUGAUUUCCAUGGCUAUAAGAGGUAAGCAUUCAUGUACUAUUAUUAUAUGUAAAAAGCAUAUUUUUUUAUGCAGAAACCAUUAAUUUCAUUAUCCUGAAUUUCAAAUCAUAUUCCAACAAUAUAUUGCCAACAGCGUGUCAAGCAUAAAUUAUAAAAAAAUUAACUCUUUUCCAUGUGAAUACUGAAUUCUUUCAUCCCUUUUUUUACAGGAUACAUGGUGCAGAAUUCUACCAUUUUUCUACACUUAAAAUUACAAUAAUAAAAUUCUGCCUUCUUUAAGCUUUCUUAAUACAGUCUAUGUAGUUUAAUUGUAUUGCUGACAUUAUUUUUAGCAAUACAGCUUGUGAUUGCUGUAUUGCUAUUAUCUCUACUAAUGCAACUAUUAAUAUAGUAAAGAGGAAAACAUAAUUUAUCCAGAAAACAUAGCUUGUCCAGGUUGCAGGACAAUAUAUAUGUAUAUUCUUAUUUUUACCUAUAUUUCACAAUUGGCACCUUUGAUCUAAUAAGUCAGUUUUCGUUGUAACAUUAACAAAUUGGUAGGCACCCAUUAUUUAAUAAAACAUGCAAACAUUAGACUCAUGGGAAUUGUUUUUGUAAGAUUUGUAGCAUCCCAUAGAAAUGUUUUAUUUACAAAAGAAAGUAUUGUUGCCAAUGCUGACAACCUAUUUUUAUUUGGAAAGCAUAGCUCUCCCAUUACAGUAAUUCAGAAAAAAGGGGAAUGCUUAUUUUAAGAAGCUGACAGAUCAAAAAGUAUUUAUACCAAAAUGUUGUAACCAAUGAAAAGCAACCCAUUUUCUAAGGACAGUGUUUAACAACUACUAUCUUCAAACAUGUUACCUAUUUUUCUGUACUAUUGAGAUGGCAUUCCAUCACUAAAGAUAGUUCUGCUAUGUCUCUCAGUCAUAACAGUAUCAAAUUGGUACCUCUUAUUUCUCCAUAAGCAGUUUCUUUCCUCUUUCAGCUACAGCUAAUUUUCUGUAUUUCACUAGAAAAUACAUUUUAUAAUGUAAAAUCCUGUUCACAUUUGUUAUGUCAGGCUCUGAUGUUUCAAUUCCUAAGACCUGUGACUUAAAGCAAAUGAAAACAUUUUUUUAAAAAAAUGGUAAAAUGUGCUUAAUAGAACUUCAGUAUUCUUUUAUGCUGCACAUUAAUAAAAAGUCUUACAUAUCAAAACAUGCAAAAUAUAGCACUAUCUACACUUGGAGCAGUCAUAAAACUUCCAUUCUUUGGGGCACAAAAAACAAGAUGAAAACAGUAUUAAAAUAUUCAAAAGGAAGUAAGGUUGGAAAGUCCACUGUCACAUCCAUUACGGAGAACAAGAAUGCGAUCUUUUAAGUUCAUAGCCAGAGACAAGACGGAUAAUUAUAAUUUUAGUGUAAUGUGAACAUACAUGUCUUUCAGGAACUCCUGCUGGAUAUCCAAUUGAUUAUAAUAGCCGAUUGAUGGUCAGAAAAAUUGCAUAAUAGUCAUUUUAUGUCUAAUUGAAUUAGCAGUUCUUGAUCAGAAGCAACUCAGAUAUAGUAUUACCUACUUCUACCACUCUAGCUCAUAUGUUCUGGAGUGUAGUAGUUAUUAGUUUCACCUUCAGAAGAACUAUAUUUAAUUCACUUUCAGUGAAUAGGAUUUGACAUUCUAGCAAAUAAGUCUUAAAAUGUUCUUGUAUCAUUGUGGACAACUUUUUUGUAAGUAUUUAGGUAUAUUUUCAGUAGCCUUUUAAUUUCUCACAGGACACAGUUCAGCAUGACUGUCAAAAUCAAAACUCAUUUUCAAACCUUAUUUGUUUGAAUUUGUUUCAAAUACCCUGAGACAAGCAAACCAUGCAGAUUACCAUAUAAAAAUGGUCAAAAAUUAAAUAACUGGAGCCAGUCCAUAGCUAUUGUUAAAUGAGCUUAAACAAUGAGUUCUAAUUUGGGGUUAAUAUCUAUUAUUAUACAAGUAAAAUCUAUGUUCAUAACAUAUUAUUUAUCCCAUGGAUAAGUGACUGUAUUGUCUCUCCAGAGACAACUUCCUCUUCCAAACCUAGUUUUAACCAUGGCUGUUACACAUGCAAUUAAAACUUCCAUUAACACAGAGCUGUCAUUGUAAUAUCUUUGAUUUAAGCAAGAAAUUAUUAUUCUAAAUAAAAAUGCAUGAUAUUCUUCUGAGCUUAUACCCAGCUGAGGCAAGCUAUAUUUUUAGAAACUUUAAAUGUAGAAUUUAAUGUACUUAUAGUGCAUUAAAGAUCUUUACCCAUAUUUGACAGUAGAACUGCUAUCACCUAUUAUCUAAUGAAAAUAGUAACAUGACUACAAUAGCUCAGAAUAAGCUUGGAAGAAGCUAUAGAAUAGUUGAAAAAAACUUGGAAACAGUACUGAAAAUCCAAUGUUUACGAGCUUUAAUAUUUGCUUAAUAAUUUUAGCAUGAAAUGUUUAAUUUCUAAAUACUAAUAAAACACAUAAGAGUACAAAAGCCAGUCAGAUUGACAGAUUUAAGUAUGAUCAAUUAACCUAGGGAAGGUUCAAAUAUAAUGAGUGUACUACAUAAGCAUCCAGGAGUUUUGUACAUAUGUUAUUGAGCAUGUUUUCAGAUUUUGAAAGCAGUUAAAUUGAACUUGCAUAUACAAAAAAGCAGACUAUAGUGUAAGCAUGUCUAAUAUUUUCUUGUGUGUGUAAAUACAGCCUUGAGCCCUUCAGUAUUUUAGGUAUUUAAUUCUAUAAAUUUACUCCUAAAUUCCUAUGACCUUUAUUCCUACGCAAGGCAAUAAUACACUAUUCUUAAUCCUAAAAUUUGCCUGAAAUAUAAUACUUGUUCUGUUUCUUGGUUUUUCCUACCUCAACAAUACUUUGAAUUUGUGAUUAAACAAUUAAGCUUUGCUGGUCUUUCAUCAAUUUUAGGGUUAAAACAUGCUCUAAACCCAACUUCUAAAAUUUACGCAUCCAACCAGCCACCAGUGCUUCUAAUGAAAUUCUAAGGCUUCUUUUCUCUGAGCUACAAAAGGAUAGCUGGAAUAAUGGCACAGGAUACUGUAUUAUGCUUUUUUAUUCAAAAGCUAGAAUAGCAUCAAUAUCCAUGUCAUGGUGAAUCAGAACACAUGUAAAAUACCUUACAAUACAUUAGAUUCCAAAAAGGUACCAAAAAGUACAGUAAAAUUAACACUUCCAUUACAGGAAAUGUAUGACACAAAACCAAUACAAAAUAAAAAG